UGCGCAGUCUCAGUGACAUGGGCAGAUAUCACAGGAGUUAGCCUCUCUGUUCAUAAGGUUCCCAUCAUCAUCCACAGGAAGACAGCACUUGGGGGGGGCUAAACUUGCGGUGCGGCUUCUGCGUCUGCGCACCUUGGCCCUAAUCUAGGAUUAUGGAGGCUUAUCUAAACUCGCUGUUUAUAAAGUAUGUUUUUGGUUGGAAAUUAGCUAGUCGUGGAUGGCACGACCAGGGUGACGCAUCGGCGGUGACGCUCUGAGACUUUUGCGAACGACAAACUCUGAUUAGAAAAAGGAAAGCGAACUCCAUCGGCUUAAGUGAGCGCGCGUUUUAGUGACGACACGGCUUUGGGGGUUUAGCACGUGGCAGCAGUGACUUUAAUCGGUGCUAACGCAAUCCCCGUUUUUGGAAGAUUCGAAAUAGUGUCGGGUUCGUGGUUCGUCCGCCUCCCGCUGUUCCAGGACUGCUCGCCUCGACUCUGCCCUCUGUGCGACGACCAUGGUGGUGCUUCGCUGCGUGCUGUUGCAGCGGGUGUCGUAACCGAGAGGUCAAAGGGUGUAGGGUCCCGUGGCACUGGCACAGACAGGCACUCGCGCCCUCGCUCUCGUCGACCCCCGUCACCUUCAGCCGAGUCGGGCGAAGGGAAUCGGAAACCACAGAAGUUCCCGUCGCCGCCGUCGCCUCCGCUGAAACGCCACCACCACAGGAGCCGAACGACCCUCACCACCACCGGGACGACGACCAGCGAUUAGUGCGGGGGAGGACCGUCGUGCCCCCUCCCCCCCGCCCGCGACCUCACGUUGACCUGGCUUCAGCGAUGGACUUUCAGAGCGCCAUGGAGACGUUUGCAGAAGCGUGGAUGGCGGCCAACACGAAGUCCCGAGCCGACUCCUCAGACCCCCAGCGGGAAGGCAGUGCCGAGCGGUCCAAUGGGCGGUCAGAGGAGGAGGUCACUUCGCGGGAACCCAACGCACAUCUGACCAAUGGGAACUCGCCAAACAGACAAUCGCCCGUCCUAUUGGCUAGAGACCCCGAAAGCAGCCCGAAGCCCCUGUCAGUCGGUAAAAACAUCCCGCUACACGUGGUGAUAGAAACCAUCCCCCUCUGCGGCGUGGGCGUAGGCAUGGGCGUGGAGGAGCUGCGCGGGCGUGUGGAGAUGGACAGCUACGCCCUCAUUCCUGGUCACACCCGCUUCACCGAUCUCCUGCAGGCGGCGCUGGUGAAGCUGGGGUAUUCGGAGGAACUGACGCAGGCUAGAGGCGUCCUUCAGCUGCGACACUGGCGGCCUCUGCCCCUCGAACACGUACCUGAAACUGAAGACAAGACGGUGGCUGAAGUCCUAGGGGAUGUCGCCCCCCUCGCCACGCUGCACGUGCGGAUCUACAGGUCAGUUGUUGUUGGUUUCAUGGUUAGCUUGUUGUCAGCCUUGAUCAGAGGGUCAGGAGAGGUCAGCGAGGAAUCAGCGCGUCAGUUCGAGGCUUGGUGGACAGUGCACGUGGCUCAUGCGUCACGCCCACCGCCCGCGACGCACAUUAUGACGCCCCCACAUCACGCCCACCCCCGCCCGCACUCCAUGGAGAAGCUCGCGUCGGAGCCCAUUCACCCGGCGAUACAGCAGACAGUGACCAGCCAAUAUGGACCGCAAAAAACAAGGAUGAGAACCAGUUUUGAUCCAGAGUUAGAGCUGCCCCGCUUGCACCGCUGGUUCGCCGAGAAUCAACACCCAACACGGCUACAGAUCCAGCAGUAUGUGACAGAGCUGAAUGGACUCGAGUCACGCCGAGGCAGGAAGCCCCUGGAUGUGAGCAACGUUGUUUACUGGUUCAAGAACGCGAGGGCAGCCUACAAGCGCCAGGAGUUCCGUGCCAUCAACGGCCUCAAGUCGCCGCCGCCCGACGAGACGAGCAUCUCAGAUAACGACGACCACCACGACUCCUACGCUCCUCCCACCCACAACGCCCACAGCCUCGCCAGCUCGCCGCCCACGCCUCACGAACACGCCCAUCUUCAGCACCAUCAUCAACAACAGCAACAACAACAGCAGCAGCAACAGCAGCAGCAACAACAGCAACAACAACAGCAGCAACAACAACAGCAACAGCAACAUGAAGACAAUCAGGAGGAAGACGACCAGCGGGGAAGCGGAGGCGUUGGGUCAGAGCCUUCGGACAGCCUGCAGGGGCGUAGCCAGGCGGCAGGGAGCUCGGAAGGAGGGCAGACCUCGGGCGGGGAGAGGUGCCCCCCCGAGAGUGACGUCGACAUGAGCGAGGACGAGGAUGACGUCAGAUCACGUGACAGUGUCAGCGUUACCAAUGAUGGAAAGUGUUCUCCCCCACCAGUCGUAUCACCAGGGGCUCUCUCCCUGCCCCCCUACCCACCCAUACCCGGCCUGGGGCAGGGAGGGAUGGACCGAUUGCCAUACCCAGUGGUGCCAGGGUCACUUCUCCAGCACUCCAUGAUGUAUAUGGCACACUACAUGCCACAGGUCUCGCCCUUCUCCGGCGGGCUCGGGGGAAGCGGCAUCCCGGAGGAACGGCGCAAACGAAACCGUACGUUCAUUGACCCCGUGACGGAAGUGCCGCGCCUCGAGCAGUGGUUCGCUAUUAACACGCACCCGAGUCACAACCUCAUCCUCAAGUACACGGAGGAGCUGAACCGAAUGCCCUACCGCCAGAAGUUCCCCAAACUCGAGCCGAAGAACGUCCAGUUUUGGUUCAAGAAUCGGAGGGCGAAGUGCAAGCGGCUGAGGGUUUCGAUGUAAGGUGGAAGGAGGAGGAGGAGGAAGGAGGAAGAUGGGGAAGGAGGAGAGAGAGAGAGAGAGGAUGGGUGGGGGUGAGAGGAGGAAGAGAAGACAGAGCGAAGAGGAGGUGGAAAGAGGAAGAAGUUGGGGAUAAAGGAAGAAGAGAGCGUUGAUGUAAAGGAGUAGAGAAAAGGAAGAAAACAGAAGAUGAAGGGAAAGGUGGGACGAGGAGGAAGGAAGGACGGAGAAAGGAAGGGCGUGAAGUGAUGAGGUUGAAGUUGAGGUUGGCUUUUGUUUGUGAUGUUUUACUUGAGAGGUUUGUGAAAAAAAAACACAAACUGAAAAAUGGAGUGGAUUUAUGUUUACUUUUCUUCAAGAGAGUUGUCUUUUUUGACGUAGAUGUGGACACCAUUCGUACACAGACUCGAGACGCUCAUAUACGCGAAGAGUUGAAUGCAUGUUCGUCCGUGUGGACUUCUCUUCGUUGCCAGAUCGACAUACGUACACAGUUUCACGCGCAAUCACCAGUGCGCACAUCAACGUACGCACACGCGAGAGGAAGGAAAACCAAAAGAAAACAAAAGAGAGAAAAAAAAGGACGUAAGCGGAAUUUCUUUUAGGAGAGAAGAAAAAGCACAAGGAAGGAAAAAGAAUCAGCAAAGGUGUCUUGGAAAAAAAAGUGAACGAUAUGUCGAAAUGAAUUUUUCUAGAUUUUGGAAUUUUAGGUGCGUUGUCAGCCCCCGAAAGAAGGAUGGAAAGAACGAAAAGAAUAUAAACAAGGAAAAAUGACACUAAUUUGAAACUGAUGGUGACUUUUUUCAGAGGUCUUAGAAAAUUGGACGGCAGAAAUUCCAUGAGAAAAGUGAGUUAUGAAAAGACACUUGCGAAAAUAGUGACGUAUCUGUAUGUAUGUGUGUUUGUUAGUAUGUGUGCGUGUAUUUCCUGACGUACAUGGCAGAGGCUAGUCAAAAUUCUUUCUUCUUGUGUACGUUUGAAAAUCACGAGGAAAACAGACAUAUGAAAUGCAAUUAAUAAAUUCCUAUAUAUAUACGGAAAAAAUAAUUUGGUAAAAAAAGAAAAUAAAAAACUGAAAAUAGAAAAAGAGAGAGGAAUAUAAAUAAACCUUUCAGUCUAUCGAAUACAUACCAGGAACGCACAUGAACUUACGCACGCACUUACGCACACAGAAUCGACCCGAAAUGAACCAAACCGAACCUCAAGAGUGAACCGCAGACAGGUAGAUCCCAUGCGCACGCAACCAGCACACUCCACGUUAAGUGCAUUAUUUUCUGUAACAAGAUAAUGUUCAAAACACGACUUUUGUGUAUUUUCGUUCAAAUACGGACACGUUCUACGGCGCCGUAGUACUUAGAAUGUAAUUUGUAAACUAAUAUUAAACUUAUCUAUUUAGGGACGAAAGAGGAAUUCGGUGGAGACUGAAUAAUUGUGAUAAGAUGAAGAGGAAAGGAAGAGAGA